UGGUGACAGUGUAUUACAAACCUGGCUAGAAGAGUUGGAGAGGAACUUGCUGAGAUCUCCCGUUGGGCUAAGUUCUUUGGUAGUGAUCAAUGUUUCUGCGUUGAGACUUGGUACGUCCUCGCCUACUGCAUCGCUAAGACUGGAGUCAAUGCUGUGAUUAAUUUAUUGGGCAGACAGCGUAAUUUUAUAUAAUUUGGUUAUAUUAAAAUACUUGUACCUCAUCGUGAACCCUGUGAUUGCAGUGAGAUUGUUUCCGAAAUAAAACUUGGUGGCAGCGGUGGAGUGGAGGUACAGGUGAUCUGAUGAAAGGAUAAUUAUAGUGUCUUCACUAAUGGAAUCUAAGUUACAAAAAUAUAUUAUUAAGUUACCUCCUUUUUUGUGGGUUUAAACUUGUGAUCACCAUGACAGAGUUUGUGCUCUCCCCUGAAUUUAGAAGACCCUUAAACCUAGCAGCAGUUUCGUCCAGUAAGGACAAGUACCCUUCGACGUUUCUGUAGAUUAUUGUGAAGGGAAUAAAGUAAGCAGAUGAAAUUUUUAAACUAAUGUGUCUAAUUUUAGUACUUACGGAGCAAUCAGGAACCGAAUGAGAAUUCACCUUGCUUCUUAAUGUUUCUGGAGUCCCAAAAACGCAGGAGGCGAGCCACGAAGAACUGAGCAGAUCGACCCAGGCGGAGAUCGUCGAACGAUGUCGGGGAAAAAACGGCGGGAGCGGAGGAAGCCAUCUUUGAGAGAAUCUUUGGAAGCUGAAGGAAGAAAUUUUAACUGAGAGUGAUUGCAAGCGAUCCCCACAGCCUCAUCCAUCUCCUAUUUAUAGAAUAAAGAAUCAUCCGACGAAGAAUACCAAAACGUUACAGAGUUUAGUGUAAUUAAGACAACAUUUAAAGAAUACAUCGGAGGUGGAGGAAGGCAAAGAGAUGAGAAUGGUUGGCUUUACAAAACAACAGAAACAAAAUCGGCGACUUGAACAAUGGAAGAAGGAAAGGAUGAUGCCCUAGAACAAAACGCAUCGUUUUCUUUCAAUUAUUCCCAUCGAUUAUUCAAUAACACAUGCCCAACCCCAACUAACAGCCCAUACAAUAUAGAAACAGAACAAUAAGAAACAUAACGCAUGAGCCCAAACCAAAACUAUAUAAUCAAACCAAACCUACUUCAAUCAGACCAAACAACGAAUCAUCCUUCCAAAUAAACCAGGAAAACACGCGGGACCCACAGACAAUAAAAGGAAUCUGACGUGGACCCUCUAGGAAGAGAGGAAAAUCCCUCAUUAUAUAUAUGAUUAGGUCAAAAAAUUUAGACCCUACUCAAAAUGCUUUCAAAAAUAUAUAAUUUUCGUAGGGUUUAUUUUAUAUUCGGUGUUGCUAAGGAAGGCAAUCUUGUUAAAUUUGAUUUCUAAAACAUGCUUUUACAAAUGGUGAAUUUUCAGAUUUUCUUAGUGUUAUUUUCAUGAUGUUCGGAUCAAGUUUUUCUGCUCAUUUUUUUCUAAUGUCAUAUUUGUUUCCUUUUAACGCGUCGGCAAUGGAUGAUGACUACAAGUAAACAUGACAAAUGGUUGCAGCUUUGCUUGGUUGGCCACAAGAAACCUUUUCAUCGAAGGUAACAAGUGAUUCCCUUGAAUGUUUUCAGAUCAUACGUUAAAUUGUUCCGUUUCUAGUUUCUAAUCUCCAUUUAUGAUUUUCUUUGUUAAUUUGUUCUCUCAUUCUUGUUUAGGUUGUGUUAUGGAUAAGGUUGCAUGCACAGACUUAUCCCCUGUGAUCACUUUAGUUGUACAUACUUUCAUGAUUGUGUUAUCAUCACUUACGUGAUCUCUAUCGUGUUGAUGUUUAUAUAUAAUUGCAUAGACUAAUUAAUUGGAUUAUUUCUUCGUCUGUUAACUAUAUUUUUAUUUUGAACAGUUUAUGGGAUCCUCAAAUCACUAAGAAAACUAGCAUUAAAGCUUUGAAUAGACAGAUGCAAGAACUCUUUUUAUAACAGCUUUGAUGUUAAUUACUGCAAUACUGAUAUGAGCUUGAACCAACGAAUGCAAAUUAAUACCGAAGAACAGAUCACACUAUCAUUCUAUUAACAAUAAUAAAACAUAGAAAAUUGACUUGUUGUAAUAAAAUAUUAUGGGUUUUGGUCACAGUUUGGUCAUCUAUUCCGAGUUGAUGACUUCCUGCUCGGUCUCCUCUUGACACUACGCGGUCUUCUUGCAUCCCAUCAUUCCCUCUCACCGAAGAAGAUUCUCUCCUCUCCGUUAGCAAAUCUACGAGCGAGCUUGAUCAAGAGAAACAAAAAGAUAGGAGAGAGAUGGGUUUCUUCUUGUUUCUUGGAAGAGUUUUCUUCGCUUCUCUUAUCAUCGUCUCUGCUUGGCAAAUGUUCAGUGGCUUUGGAGAUGAUGGUGGUCCUGCAGCUAAAGAGUUGGCUCUAAAGCUUAAUCUGGCCAAGGCAAAUCUAUCUUCUAGAUUAUGGGUAACUUUGUCUAAUAUAGAGGUGAGACAAGCCAGUGUUACUAUUGUUUCCCUGAUAGCUAUCGGAGGCGUAAUCUUUGUUAUCAGAAAAAUCUUUGGUGCUUAUCUGGCUGUUUACUUUACGAUUGUCAGUCCUAUUCUGUAUGAUAUCUACAACAACGGACCUGAGGAUCGUUAUUUCUCUCCUUUCUGGAUAGAGCUCUUUAAGAACGUCGCAAGUUUUGGCGCAAUGUAUAUUUAUUUUUUGAAUGAAUAACUCGACACCCUCCAAGAGGAAUCUGAAGAAACAGAUUGUUUCUUUAGUGGAUUAGCUGACGAUACAUAAUCUCAAAGACAAAGCUCAAGUAGUUUGAAGAAAGUUACUUUAUAUUUCAUUAUUACAA